AUGCCAGGUUUUGUAAACAGGUUGCCAGUCCGACGAUGCCUCACCUUAAUUACGGGUCUGUUGGAGUGUCUGAUUUUUGCCGGAACCGUGUUCGGAUGGGCUUCACUUGUUUUUGUCCUGAAGACAGAGGACUACUUCAGCUUUCUGUGCGUCAACACCACAGGAGUCAAUGCAACACAGGACCUAGAUUGCAGUGGACAGGAUGAACAGUUCUCACUUGUUUUCACCAUCGCCUCCUUCUUGUUCACUUUCCUGACACUGCCAAAUGGUUUCCUCUUUGACCGGUUUGGUACCACAGUGUCUCGGCUGUUUGGGAUAUUUUUUUUCACAGUGGGUGCCUUGAUGAUGGCCUUCUUAACUGCAGCUUUGUCCAACCUGCUGUUCCCAGCCCUCGCUCUUCUUGCAGCAGGUGGCUGCUUCUUUCAGCUGACCAACCUCCAGGUGGGAAACCUGUUUGGCUCACAUCGCUCCACCGUCAUCACUCUCUACAGCGGGGCUGUUGACUCUUCUGCUGCAGUCUUUUUUAUCAUUAAGCUGAUAUAUGAGGCUGGAAUCUCUCUGCUCCCCUCCUUCCUCUUCCUGUCCGCCUGCAGCGUCAUUCACCUGCUCAGGACUUUCUUCUUGAUGCCCAGAGGCCACAUUCCCUACCCGCUGCCUGAUGACUACACAUACGGGAUAACCUGUGGGGAAACAAGAACUCUGAGCUUAGAGCACAUUACAGCAAAUAGAAACAUGGAGAUGACGCCAGAGAUAGUAGAAGACGUCCCUGUGAAACAAGAGAAGAGUUUCCGUGAGUGUGUGCUGUCCAGGCUCUUUUGGCUGCACGUGCUUUGGUUGUCAGUGAUGCUGCUCAGACAUUACUUCUUCAUUGGCACCCUCAACCCCAUGCUGCAGUGGCUGACAGAGGAAGAGCCUUCACUGGUGAGCCGGUACAUCAAUGCCUUUGCUAUAACGCAGCUGUGUGGCGUGCUGUGUGCUCCCUGGAACGGUCUCCUCAUGGACAGAAACAAGGGCCAACCUCGUGCUGCAGGAGAGAGUGAACAGGAAGCAGAUUUGCGUACUUCGGUCCUUCCUCUCUUCCUGACGGCACUGCAGUGUGUGGUGUUCUCAGUCUGUGCCACCAUCCCGAACCUGCCGCUUCAGUACUUCACCUUCGUAAUAGAGGUGAUAAACCGCUCCUUCCUCUUCGGUGGGAACGCAGCCUUCAUCAGUGUGGCAUUUCCACCCUGCCACUUUGGGAAGCUGUUUGGUCUGGUCAUGGCUCUGUCUGCAGCGUUUUCUCUGCUGCAGUACGCCUGCUUCUCCCUGGUGAAUGGACCUCUGGAUGGAGAUCCUUUAUAUGUGAACAUUGCUCUGACGCUGCUCAUCCUGUUCGCCUUCACCCAUCCCCUCUCUGUCUACCUGCACUGUCGAAGUCUCUCCUCCAAGCGAGCCACUAAUGCCUCUUCCUAAUGUGAAAUGAGACUUUCACUCAAAAUGUCUUAAUGUCACCAGUGACACUUUUAGCUCUUCUUUUACUUCUUUUCUUUUACUCUUUUAGAUUAUAUUCACAGACAAAUUUGUCUACACUAUUUAAAGGUAUAUUUAGCAAAAAUCACAAAAAUGUGUCUCCAUAUUGUGUGAUUCCAACUUUAAUUUUCAAUCUUCUGUCUUGUUAAUGAAAAAAGGGAAAUAUGUAUUUAUCAGUAAGUUUUUGCUUGAGGUCAACGGUGUAUUUUUCUAAAGUACCAAAACAGAAGUUACUUCUGCGAUGUUGUUGAAAUGCAACUUUAAAUAUGCAAACUUUUCAUUCUGCUGCACAAAAUUCAACUGCUGUCAGAAACUUGCAGGAAACUGCCUGUUACAGAGAGACCUAAGCUUAGGAAACUGUAUGUUGUACAUCCUUACUAUGCAAAUAAACAUUAAAGUGUCCACUUUACAGGACAAACUACUCCAUUAAUGGCUUGUAGAACCUGAUAAAGUAAUAAAUUCCCGAUAAUGUAAUAAAACCUGAUAAUGUAAUAACUUCCCGAUAAUGUAAUAAAGUGCAUUUCCCAAUAAUGUAAUACACUUUUUACCAAUAAUGUAAUAAAGUAUAACACCAAGCACCU